CCGAAGCUUGGUGGUGGAAUUUUCCACCACCGAUGAUAUAUGUUCGUAGUGAAGGUUGACAAAGACGAAUUCUUUAAGCUGGUGUAAAAUUCUUUUUAUCUAUAUAAAGAUUCAUAGAUCAUAAACUUUUUCAACAUUCAAACAACAGCAAACCCAUGGCUUCUCUUUCUUCCCUUCACUCCAUUUCUACUGCCUCCUCAAAGACUCUAUCUGCAUCUCAAACGAAGACACAGAUUUCUUAAGGUAUAUUUGGGAAUGGUAGACGUCCUUUUCGUUAAGGUAUAUUCGGGAAUGGUUAGCUCCCUUCCUACUCUCUUGAUUAAUUAUUCAUUAAGAAGUUUUCCAAUUCUUCAUCCCAUCUGGGCAUAUUUGGAAGAAAUGCGUCGAGAAGGGCUUAUAGUAGUUCCAAUAGAUGCACUAAUCACUGCAACAGCAUCAAGAGGUUGGAUUUGUAUAGAUUGUACCGGUGAAGCUACUGUUUUAGAUGUUGAUAAAUCCGAAAAUCAGUUGCAUCAAAAAUUUCAGAUUCAUGCAAGAGAUUUGCGGAUUCUUGAUCCUUUAUUAUCUUAUCCUUGUGCCAUUCUAGGGAGAGAAAAAGCUAUUCUUGUUAAUUUAGAGCAUAUUAAAGCAGUAAUCACUGCCGAAGAGGUAUUUCUGCGGGAUCUAACGAAUGAUGAUGAUGAUAAUGUUAUUCCCGUGGUUGAUGAACUUAAAUCGCAUUUGCCUCCUGCGGAAAAACAAGGUGAGUCAACUACCUUUGAGUUCCGGGCCUUAGAAGUGGCUCUGAAAGCUAUUUGUAAAUUUCUUGAUGCCCGUACAACAGAACUGGAGUCUGCUUCCUAUCCAGCACUAGAUGAACUGAAAUCCAAGAUUAGUAGUCGCACCUUGGAUGGUGUUUGUAAACUGAAGAUUGAAAUGACGAGAUUGACAGGAUCCGUGCAAAAGGUUAGAGAUGUGCUUAAACAACUUUUGGACGAUGGCGACAAAAUGGCUGAACUGUACUUAUCGAGGAAAAUGGCUUCAUCACCAUCAAUCAGUGAAAGAGCAGCAGAAACAUUUUGUGGAGAUGCGAACGAUGUUAAAGAGCUUAAAAUGUUGCUUGAGGCAUACUUCAUGGAAGCUGAACGCACCUUGAACAGAUUGACCACAUUACGUGAAGAUAUUGAUGUCACCGUGGAGUACAAGUUUAAAAAUCAUAGAAAUCAGUCGAUUCAGUUGGAGCACAUCCUAAAUUCUGGUACUUUUUGCCAAACGAUACUUACCCAGGUGACUGGGAUAUUUGGCAUGAAUAUCCCAUUUACAUGGAAUCAUGCCCCGUACGGUUUCAUGUUUAAAUGGGUGGUCAUUGUCCCGGUAGUGUUAUCUGUAUCUGUUUUCGGACUGAUCAUUGACUAUGCUCGCCGCAAGGGUCUUGUUGGGUUAUAGUUGAAAAACCUUUCUUCUACUACGAUCCGAUAAAACCUUUCUUAUAGUUCUACUACUACCACCAUCUGAUAAUCAUGAACUAGGUUUUUUUUAUAAGAUGUUUGAUUUUGUUUUUGGGUUGCAAUUCACAUUAUUUAAAAGUUUCAUGACAUUUCCUUCUGUGUUAGACUCUUGUUUGCUACUUUUUUUUUUAG